AUGUCCAGCAUCAACACGAUUAGUAAGCAGAAGAGCUUCAACUUAAAGCCAAGCCUGACUGACCCCAGAGUCUGUGUUCACUGCUGCUUCACAGCAUAUGACCACAGGUCUUGGGCCUACGAGGCCAUCCUGGGUGUUCUUGGAGAUAUCAUGCCAAGGAGCCACAUUCUACAUGCAUUCAGCUCCUGCCAAAUCUACAGGAUGCGCUGGGCCGAGAGAGAAGCGGAAAAGAAGAAAAGCUCGAAUGCAGGUGAGAAUCUCACCUUGCUGAGUGUAGAUUUUGUGUCUGUAAAUCCAAGCCAGCUCUUUCAUCUGGAGUUCCACCAGAGAAGCUGUGACCUGUACUGA